AUGAAGCGCCGUUCUUUCACUUUACUCAUUGAAGCAAUAACUCGCCUGGAGGUAGAAGCAGUUAAUCGCGAAACCACGUUGAAGAAGGUCCUAUUGAAGGCAGAAAAGCAAAAUGUGAAGAAAGCAGUCCAAGAUCAAAUCGCACGAGUCUGUAAGGAGGUACGAAGACAGGCUAAUGGCGAACUGGAAGCUGCUCGAGAGAGGUACUCGCAGUUGGAAGCUGAAUUUCGUUUCGCUCUCUACUCCGAAGGCCAGCGCUACAACCAGCUUUUUAAACGGGCUACGACGGCGGAGAAGGCGCUACAAGAACAAGGGGAGGAGCUCCACGCUACAAGGGAAAAUUUGAAUUUAGCAACAGCCUUAGUCCAUAGUUUGAAGAAGGUGAGAACUUCAACCAUCGACGCUAAAUAUUUGAUACAACUUCCUGAGGUAUGGGUUGUUGAUGGACAGCAGGUCUUGAGAUCUGAUGCAAGAGCGGAGCGCUCAAUCAGCCUCGUUUUCCAGCGGCUUUCAACGUGGAGGCUUGAGAAUUUCUUUGAAGGCUGGAUGCGAAUAUGCAUCGCCGACUUGGAGUGGAAUUUGGGUGGAGUUACGGUGAUGUAUCCCCUCAUUGGUGAGGUGUCAAGUAACAAUUCCACCUUAUGCAGUGAAUUAAAUGAACUAACAACAAAAUUAAAGUCGGCGGAAGAAAGCGUGCGAAUCAAAACAAUACAACUUGACGACCAACUGGAUACGAUAAAGCGUUUAAAGUCCGAUCUCAAUGCCGAACGGGACAGAAGCAAGGAAAUGACGAAAGUUGAGGAGCAAAACAAAAAGUUGCAGUCUGCGGUUGAUCACUUAACUGAUCGGAAAGAUGAAUUGAAGAGCCUCCUUCUCCAGGUACAAAGUGAAAAUAGUUGCCUAAAAGACGAAAUACUGGCUCAUCAAGAAGAGAUUAACUGCAUAAAGGAAGGAUUUUGCUGCAAGGAGGGUGACUGGUUAAGACGUUGCUCUCAGGCUGAAAAGGAGCGAGACGUGGCAGUCGGCAAAAUGAGAAAAAUGGCAGAGGAAAUGAAGGAGGUGGAAAGAAGUUGCCAAAAUAGGCUGGAAAGUAUGGAGAUCGCCUUGAAUGAACAAGAAAGAGAGGCAAAUCAAAGGCUCCUCGAGACUCAGGCAGCAGCCAAUCAGCGCAUUCAUGAGUUGGAACAGGAGAUGCGACAGAUUUUGCUAGAGUCAAUGGCUUUGCGUGAAAGGGUUGAGGCGACAAUGAAACACUUGGCUGGAGAGUUGAGCUAUCAGGGAGACUAG